AUGGCCUCGCCACCCACGUCUUUGCAUGACCUGCCCACGGAGCUCAUUCUCGAUAUCUGCGAUUUCCUCGCCCUGGACGCUUUGCUCGCACUCAAGCUCACUUCGCCACGGCUAAACAACGUCAUACGUCUAGACGCACGUCGCUGGCAGGGCCCGCUUUCAACCUGCACACAACGCGCUAUUCGGAACCACUUGAAGCCGUCGCUUGUCGAGGCCGGCUACCGACACUGUACACUAUGUAAUGCGUCGUACCCCCUCAGCAUGUUCAGCACCUCGAGCAGCCCAGCAUGCCUUCCCAUCAAACUCACAGCCAUGCCCCAUGACGUGGUCCAACUGCCGCCCAACAUGUGUGCCUGGCACGUGGGCAGGCUGGCAAGAGUGGUGCGCACACACGCCAGUGGCCGGAACGAGUGGGUCGCUCGCCCAGACAAGAUGUGUAUGCACUGUGGAAGCAUCCAGGCCUGGGCCAAGUGCGGCUGCCAGUGCGAGAGUUGCUCCCUGUGGCCAGUAACGACGUACACGCGCCAUCUGAACAACAGCCACGAGUGCAAGAAGUUUGUCUUCUGGAACGACGGCGCUCGGACGACUGAGAACGGGGCCUGUCGAAUUUGGGUUCGGGAGACGUGCUGGGACCCUGGUAAGUGA